AUGGAAGGCCUAGAUUCGUCUACGCUGUCCGAGGUGACCGACGUAAAUGAUACCCCAGACGUGUCUGUGGGCUCCGAGGACCUCCACCGGCCGCUUGUGCUCAGGUUCUUCGACGGGUCCCGCUCGGCGGCGGAGGAGGAAUCGGAGGAAAGCGAGGAGGCCCAGCCGGCUGGUCAAGAGGAGCCCGGGUCAUCUGAGGGUUACGAGAUGUCGGAGGAGCUCCGGGAGUCUGAAGGGCGCGAGGUGUCGGAGGAACCCGGGUCAUCUGAGGGGCUCGAGGAACCCGGGUCGGAGGAACAGGGGACGUCUGAGGGGCGCGAGGUGUCGGAGGAGCACGGGUCAUCUGAGGGGCGCGAGGUGUCGGAGGAGCACGGGUCAUCUGAGGGGCGCGAGGUGUCGGAGGAGCAAGGGUCAUCUGAGGGGCGCGAGGUGUCGGAGGAGCACGGGUCAUCUGAGUGGCUCCAGGCGUCGGAGGAGCACGGGUCAUCUGAGUGGCUCCAGGCGUCGGAGGAGACCAGGACGUCUCAGGAACGCGGGGUGCCCACGGAGGAUGAGCAAGACGCGGUGUAUCUGGAGCCCUUAAAGCAAGACGAGCUAGAGGCGUAUGAAGAGCUUUAUGAGCCCUUCAAGGCGCUGAAGACUGGGCGGCUGGGCAAAGCCAAGUUCCUUCCAAUCCCGGUGACGGUGUCUCCGUCCCUGGUGGUCAGGCCUCAGCCUCCCGGUCUGCUGUCUUUGAGCGUUGGCAUUUGUUCCAGUUCUUUUACUAGGAAAAGAAUCCACAGUCUUGCUAAGCCUAAAAAACAAUGGGGAAUCCCAGAGAGAAAACUGCUCUGGGGAAAUCAAGAUCCGAUUCGCCCAAUUUCCCAGAGUGCUUUGAUGGCUCGGUUGUCCAAGAGACUCCAGUACCUUGCAAAUCCCAAGGAAACCUCCCGCCAUUAUAUACCUAACAGGUCUCUGCAUUUCUACAGCUGUGGACGAAACUCCGUCAUCUGGGAGAUACCUUCUGCAGCACUGUUCAGCCACCCCUCCAAAAGGUUGAAGAAGCUGGCACAGCCCAAGAAAUGCUUUGCACCCUCUCUCAGAAAUUGCAAGGUGGAGCAGGAGAGCGAUAGCCGCAGAGCGACUUCAGCAAAUAUCCCUUAUGCUUCUCCCCGGAUAUUACGCCUCUCUUUAGCUAAAGGCAUGGAUCCACACUACCUCCCUCCAAAAAAAAUUGGAACGAAGAUUCCCCUUUCGACUCUGAGUGCGGUGGCCACUCCAAGGAUGGUAGACCUUGCCCACCCAAGGAUCAAGAUAGAAGGCAUGUGCUACGAGACAGGGAAAAGUGAGGUGCCCGUCCGCCCGGUCUCCUUUGCGGCCACACAUGCUUCUGCUAGCCCUCGAUUAAUGACUCUGGCGAAGAAUAAGUCCGUCCAUCCAGAUUAUAUACCAGACCGGGAGGCCCAGUGGCCAAUAUCGUAUGCUGCUACCCAUUCCCAAGUGUCUCCCCGAGUUCAAGAACUCUCUAUUCCAAGUCCGAGGUCUCCUGUGCGCACUGCAGCGUUUGAACUGGAUGUCUUUAAAGUCAAGCCGGCUGCUAUGAAGGCAAAGUGCUCUGCAAGGAUCCUGGAGCUGGCACAACCUGUUCGCCGUUAGACACAGAAAGCUCUCCCACUGUUCACCCCCCACCCCCAGCUUUCAGCCCAGUUAUGCAUCUAGAACACACCGUAGGUGAAUGGGUGUCCGGCACUAUCGUUUUCAUCAGCCCCUCUCCACCCCCAGAAGAAUCAAACCAACUCCAGCCCUUCAGGGAAAACCGCUGUUACCAUCAAGUCUCAAUUGCCGCUGUAGGCUGUAAACGUGUCCUUUAGCAGGUUUG